CGUCAGUGCGCCGCGCCGGCAGUCCUGCGCCCGCGCGUUCGGAGGACUGUUGUGCCCGCGGCUCUGCUGCACGACGCGGAGUUGCUUAAUUUACUGCUUUGAUUUUUGCUGAGGCUUUCGGGCUGGUCUCGAGUUCCGCUAUGUACCACAACAGCAGCCAAAAGCGGCACUGGACUUUCGCCAACGAGGAGCAGCUGGCGCGACUGCGGGCCGACGCCAAUCGCAAAUUCAAGUGCAAAGCGGUGGCGAACGGGAAGGUUCUUCCAAAUGAUCCAGUCUUCCUUGAACCUCAUGAAGAACUGACUCUGUGUAAAUACUAUGAGAAAAGGUUAUUGGAAUUCUGUUCCGUGUUUAAGCCGGCAAUGCCACGGUCUGUUGUGGGUACAGCUUGUAUGUAUUUCAAGCGUUUUUAUCUUAAUAAUUCUGUAAUGGAAUAUCACCCCCGGAUAAUAAUGCUUACUUGUGCAUUUCUGGCCUGCAAAGUAGAUGAAUUCAACGUGUCUAGUCCUCAGUUUGUUGGAAACCUUCGCGAGAGUCCCCUUGGACAGGAGAAGGCACUGGAACAGAUUUUGGAAUACGAACUACUCCUUAUACAACAGCUUAAUUUUCACCUUAUUGUGCACAACCCUUAUAGACCGUUUGAGGGCUUCCUCAUUGAUAUAAAGACCCGCUAUCCCAUGCUGGAGAAUCCGGAGGUUUUGAGGAAAACAGCAGAUGACUUUCUUAAUAGAAUUGCGUUGACGGAUGCUUAUCUUUUAUACACACCUUCCCAAAUUGCCUUGACUGCCAUUUUAUCUAGUGCCUCCAGGGCUGGAAUUACUAUGGAAAGUUAUUUAUCGGAGAGUCUAAUGCUGCGAGAAAGUAGAACUUGCUUGUCACAGUUACUAGAUAUAAUGAAAAGCAUGAGAAACUUAGUAAAAAAGUAUGAGCCCCCAAGACCUGAAGAAAUUGCUACUCUGAAACAAAAGCUGGAGCGAUGUCACUCCGCUGAGCUUGCACUUAAUGUGGUUACAAAGAAAAGGAAAGGCUAUGAAGAUGAUGACUAUGUAUCAAAGAAAUCCAAACAUGAAGAGGAAGAAUGGACUGAUGACGACCUCGUAGACUCUCUCUAAAUGUUUAUUGUUAUGUCAGUUUUAACUAACCAGCAGGAGAAAAUGUAUCUGGCAUUUAACUUUAAAAACACUAAUAUAUUAAACUUUUCUGUUAUUUCACUUGUA